GAAGCAGCAGCCCCUAGGACGGAAGCGGCGGGCGGCGUACCGGAAACGGGAAGGCUGGACCAGCCGGCCGUCCCUGAAGCAGCUCCGAAGGUACCAGCCACCACUGUAGGGAGCAGCACCACAGGCAAUGGCCGCAGCGGAAGCAGCAGCCCCUAGGACGGAAGCGGCGUACGGCGUACCUAAAGCGGAAAGGCUGGACCAGCCGGCUGUACCGGGCGGCGUACAGGAAGCGGAAAGGCUGGACCAGCCGGCUGUCCCUGAAGCAGCUCCGAAGGUACCAGCCACCACAGUGGGGAGCAGCACCAGAGGCGGUGGCCACAGCGGAAGAAGCAGCCCCUACGGCGGUGGCCACAGCGGAAGCAGCAGCCCCUACGGCGGAAGCGGCGUACCUAAAGCGAAAAGGCUGCACCAGCCGGCUGUCCCUGAAGCAGCUCCGGAUGUACCAGCCACCACUGUAGGGAGCAGCACCAGAGGCGGUGGCCGCGGUGGAAGCAGCAGCCCUUACGACGGAAGCGGAAAGGCUGCACCAGCCGGCUGUCCCUGAACCAGCUCCGGAAGUACCAGCUACCGCUGUAAGCACCACCACCAGAGGCGGUGGCCGCAGCGGAAGCAGCAGUCCCUACGGCGUAAGCGGCGGACCUAAAGCGGAAAGGCUGCACCAGCCUGCUGUACCGGGCGGCGUACAGGAAGCGGAAAGGCUGGACCAGCCGGCUGUACCUGAAGCAGCUCCGGAGGUACCAGCUACCGUUGUAGGGAGCAGCACCAGAGGCGGUGGCCGCAGCGGAAGCAGCAGCCACUAGGACGGAAGCGGCGUACCUGAAGCGGAAAGGCUGCACCAGCCGGCUGUACCGGGCGGCGUACUGGAAGCGGAACCGGAAAGGCUGCACCAGCCGGCUGUCCCUGAGGCAGCUCCGGAGGUACCAGCUACCGCUGUAGGGAACAGCACCAGAGGCAAUGGCCGCGGUGGAAGCAGCGCCCCUACGGCGGAAGCGGCGGGCGGCGUACCUAAAGCGGAAAGGCUGCACCAGCCGGCUGUCCCUGAAGCAGCUCCGGAUGUACCAGCCACCACUAUAGGGAGCAGCACCAGAGGCGGUGGCCGCAGCGGAAGAAGCAGCCCCUACGGCGAAAGCGGCGGGCGGCGUACCUGAAGCGGCUGCACCAGCCGGCUGUACCGGGCGGCGUACUGGAAGCGGAAAGGCUGCACCAGCCGGCUGUACCGGGCGGCGUACCGGAAGCGGAGAGGAUGCUCCAGCCGGCUGUCUCUGAAGCAGCUCCGGAGGUACCAGCCACCACGGAAGGGAGCAGCACCAAUGGCGGUGGCCACAGCGAAAGCAGCAGCCCCUACGGCGGAAGCGGCGUACCUAAAGCGAAAAGGCUGCACCAGCCGGCUGUACCGGGCGGCGUACAGGGAGCGGAAAGGCUGGACCAGCCAGCUAUCCCUGAAGCAGCUUCGGAGGUACCAGCUACCGCUGUAGGAAGCAGCACCAGAGGCGGUGGCCG